CUAUACAUUAUGCUCUAAAACACUGAGUCUGGCCUACAACCAAGAAGAGAGAGAGAUGCUCUAAAGCAUGACAGUUCGUUUGCCGUGGUUUGCCGUGUAUUUUGCAAGUAAUAUCGCUUGUUGUCUUUAGAUUCUUGGUUUCGAAAAGCUACUAGUGAAAAUGUUCCGCAAUCAAUAUGACAGUGAUGUGACAGUAUGGAGUCCACAGGGACGUUUACAUCAAGUGGAAUAUGCCAUGGAAGCAGUUAAAUUAGGAUCAGCUACUGUAGGCUUGAAAAAUCAAACACAUGCUAUUCUCAUUGCUUUGAAGAGAGCAUCCUCAGAACUAUCGGCCUAUCAGAAGAAGAUUAUACCAAUAGACAAGCAUAUGGGAAUUAGUAUCUCUGGCUUGACUGCUGAUGCAAGAAUAUUAAGCCGUUAUAUGCGUACUGAAUGCUUAAAUUACAAGUACUCUCAUGAUGACACACUACCUGUGGGUCGAUUGAUUGCAUCUUUGGGAAAUAAAAUGCAAACGUGCACACAGAGAUAUGACAGACGUCCAUAUGGUGUUGGUUUACUUGUAGCGGGAUAUGAUGAUCAAGGACCACAUAUAUAUCAAACUUGUCCUUCGGCGAAUUAUUUCGAUUGUAAAGCAAUGGCUAUAGGAGCUCGUUCUCAAAGUGCUAGAACAUACUUGGAGAAACAUCUGAACGAAUUUCAAUCGUGUGAUCUCGACGAGUUGGUGAAACACGGUCUCAGAGCAUUACGCGAUACUUUGCCUAACGAAGUUGAUUUAUCUGUCAAGAAUGUAUCAAUCGCGAUAGUAGGAAAGGAUUACAAUUUCGCUAUACUCGAUGAAACCGUAACAGCUACUUACCUGUCCCAGAUUGAGGGAGACGAUAAACGUGGCAGGCCUACGGAGCCGAGUGUACAAGAUGAUAGUAGACCUCCGCAGGAUCCACCUGCCGAUGAGGGUCCGCAGGAUCCUCAGGUUGCCAUCGCCAUGGACACAGAUUAAACAAUAAUAUAAAUUCUCUCUCUCUGUCUAUCAUAUACAGUCCAUUCAAAAAUAAAAACUGCAUUUUAUUAUUGAA